GGCUGCCGUGGCGCGAAAGAAGUGUGCGAUGAAUUGAAUCUCGCGCAGUACCGCUGAGCAGAGAGUCCAUCAACAUCCCAUACCCAGCGGCCAGACCGGGCGACGCGCCAGACCAGUCACCGUAUACCGCAUUUACAUACAGUUAGCUGAGCUAGUCAUAUCUGUCUAUGCACUGCACGUCAAUAUCUUCGAGGAAGCUCACUUCAAUUGUUUUUGUUGACGAGAAAAGUUUAUUUUUCUCAAAUCUACAAUGGAUGUUGCUGAUCAAAGAACUGGUAUCACUCAAGUUAAGGAUGAUGUUGCAGAGAAAUGCCAGAAGCUAUUUCAAGAUUUUUUAGAAGAAUUUACAGUUGAUGACGAUGUGAAAUAUCUGAGAGAUGUGCAGGAUUUGAUCCGACCCGAGAGGAAUACCCUGGCAGUGAGCUAUGAAGAUAUCCAGGAAUACAACCAACAACUUGCUACCACCAUCCAGGAGGAGUACUACAGAGUGUAUUCUCAUCUUUGCCGAGCAGUGCGAAACUUUGCUCGCGAUCACACUCAAGUCCCACCAAACAAGGAGUUCUACAUCGCGUUUGAAGACUUACCAACCAGACAUAAGGUUCGUGAGAUGACCACAGCUAAGAUCGGUACCCUAAUCCGAAUCAGUGGUCAAGUGGUCCGAACUCAUCCAGUCCAUCCAGAACUGGUCAGUGGAACGUUUGUCUGUCUUGAUUGUCAAACACAAAUCAAAGAUGUAGAACAGCAGUUUAAAUUCACACAGCCGACCAUUUGCAGGAAUCCAGUAUGUGCCAACAGGACCCGCUUCAUGCUAGACACCAACAAGUCUCGCUUUGUAGACUUCCAGAAGGUUAGGAUUCAAGAGACGCAAGCAGAGCUUCCCAGGGGAAGCAUACCACGCAGUGUUGAGGUUGUCUUGCGUGCCGAAGCAGUUGAGCUACCUCAGGCUGGUGAUAAAUGUGAUUUCACUGGAACUCUCAUCGUAGUACCCGAUGUUUCAACACUCUCUAUGCCUGGUGCUCGAGCAGAGACAUCGUCUCGUGGUAAGGGUGCCUCAGGGUUUGAUCAAGAAGGUGUGAAAGGACUCAAAGCUUUGGGUGUCAGAGAUCUCUCCUACCGAUUGGCAUUCCUUGCUAACAAUGUCACAGCAUCAAAUCCAAGGUUUGGUGGACGGGACAUGCGAGGUGAGGAGAUGACUGCUGAAGCCAUCAAGAAACAGAUGACUGAUCAAGAAUGGCAGAAGGUUUAUGAGAUGAGUCAAGAUAAGAAUCUCUACCACAACCUCAUCACCAGUCUCUUCCCAACAAUUCAUGGUAAUGACGAAGUAAAGAGAGGGAUUCUUUUGAUGUUGUUUGGAGGCGUUCCCAAGAAGACGAUGGAAGGGACCAGUCUUCGUGGUGAUGUUAAUGUGUGCAUCGUCGGUGACCCAAGUACAGCCAAAAGCCAACUUCUUAAAGCUGUCGAGGAGUUCAGUCCAAGAGCGGUAUACACUAGUGGUAAGGCCAGCUCUGCUGCAGGUCUCACAGCGGCCGUCGUCAAGGAUGAAGAAACCGCAGAGUUCGUCAUCGAGGCUGGUGCAUUGAUGCUGGCUGAUAAUGGCGUGUGUUGCAUUGAUGAGUUUGACAAGAUGGAUAUCAAGGAUCAGGUUGCUAUACAUGAAGCCAUGGAACAACAGACUAUCUCCAUCACCAAGGCUGGAGUCAAGGCCACUCUCAAUGCUCGUACCUCCAUCCUGGCCGCCGCGAACCCCAUCGGAGGGCGAUACGACCGCACCAAACCACUCAAGCAGAACAUUCAGAUGACGGCUCCGAUCAUGUCCAGAUUUGACCUCUUCUUCAUUCUUGUGGAUGAAUGCAACGAGGUGACAGACUAUGCCAUUGCCAGACGUAUCGUAGACCUUCAUGCAAGGAGACAGGAGUGUGUGGAGAGGCACUACUCAGUAGAAGACAUGCAAAGAUAUCUCAUGUUUGCCAGACAGUUCAAGCCAACGAUCACGAAGGAAUCUCAGGACUUCAUGGUGGACGAAUACCGUCGCCUGAGACAGCGCGAUAGCGGUGCCUCCAUGUCAUCGUGGCGUAUCACCGUCCGUCAGCUGGAGAGUAUGAUCCGCCUCUCCGAGGGCAUGGCAAGGCUACACUGCCAGGACGAAGUGCAACCCAAGCACGUGAAGGAAGCUUUCCGUCUACUCAACAAAUCCAUCAUCAGGGUCGAGCAACCGGUCAUCAACUUCGAAGAGGAGGAAGACGACGGACCCCAACUGGACGAGGAUACGGCGACUCCGGUGGAAGCCAUGGAAACGGACACACCCCCUACCCAGGAGCAGACGCAAGACUCUGCUGCUCCCAGCCCAACCAAGAAGAAGGGAUUACACAUGUCAUUUGAAGAAUACAAGAUGACGUCAAAUCUUCUCGUCAUCUACAUGAGGCAGCAGGAAGAAAAGGAAGAGGAGGGUUUUGAAGGGGUAAGGAAGAGCCAGGUGGUUAACUGGUAUCUAGAGGAGAUGCAGGAGGAGAUCGAGACUGAAGAAGAGCUCAUUGAGAAGAAGACCAAAGUUGAGAAGGUCAUCGACAGACUCGUUCAUAGGGAUCACGUAAUCAUUGAGCUAGCCCAGACUGGUCUGAAGACCAGAAGACCGGGUGCCCAUGUUGAGGAAGGCGAAGAGAUGGUCACCGAAGAGGAUCCUCUCAUGGUUGUCCAUCCGAACUUCUCAAUCGAAGACUAGGUCAUCCAAGAAAUCAGGAAAUAUUCUUCAAAUUAUUUAUAUCCACUGAGAGCAUGGUGAGAGAUUCCCAAGACAUCGGGAAAUAAUGCUAAAUUAUUCAUAUUCGCUGAUAUCAUGGUGAAAGAUCCAUUCAAGCUUCUUCAUCGAAGACUGGGUCCCCAAGAAAUGAUGCUAAAGAUCACUUGUGGUGACGAUGCUUUUCGUGAAGGAGAAGGGAAAAGUCUGUUGUACUCCUUUGAAAUUUGUUGAAAGAAAAUUAGUAACUAUGACUUCUUGCACUUACAACUUGUAAUCCUGUAAUAAUUAUAUCUUUCAUGGUAAUAAUUGUGGGGUUUAGACUUACAGUCAGUGAGGGAGAUGGUGAAAAGUCUGUUGUAGCAGUGUUGAUGCACUGAUAACAUCAAACUCCAGUAACAAUUAUAGUUCUAAGACAUUGGGAAAUAAUGUUUGAUUUAAAACUUUUUAGAUUCAUCCUUCUGUCACAAUAGACACGAUGUUCAAAAGUGGAGCUCUCUGAAUGUAAUUCAGGUUAUGUAUGUAAGUAUGUGUAUAUUUUGUAAAUAGAAUGUUAAAUACAUCAAUAGAAUUCAUGAUUGUACUGCUUCUAUACCUUUACAAUGUAAUUUGAAGUAAUGAAAACACAGGUGAAAUAUUCAUAUAAAUAAUCAAGUGUAUUUUAUACUUAUUUUGAUACUUUGACAAGGCUUUGGGAUUAGCAACAUCAUCAUACCAUCUGGAUUUUGGUAAAAAUACACCACCUUUGUAAAUUCUAUCAAAACAAAUAAUUGAAUGCUGAUUCAUGUAGUUGCACAUUCAGCACUCAUUUAUUCAUCACAUCUUCUGCAAAAAGUAUUCGGAUCAGAGAUAAUCUUUGGCAAUAGUCUCUCUGUAAUGCACUCAUAGUUUUUUCCAUUAGUGAAAGUUUUGUAAGUUUCCAGCAGAUUCAUUUGUAUCAGAGGAAACCUUGCUUUGUAAGAUUAUUCAAAAGAUGUUGAAAAUAUUUUUUCAUUCAAAAGCACUGAAUUAGAAAAAUUAUACAUUUGUAAAGCUACUUGUUCAAAUUAUCAAGUUUGUGUGAUUGAUUGAAAUAAAGAAAUCUUCUAUAAUCUUGAA